AUGCUCUCACGUGUUGCUGCAGUGAAGGCACCCCGCACACACAACCGUCGCGGCGUGACCGGAUCCAGCGGAAGGAGGAGGGAAGGAGGAGAGAGUGAGCAGCAGAGGCCCAACAUGUCCCGGCGUGUGUCUACUUCGGCGGUGCUGCUCCUCCUCCUUGUCGUGAUGAUGUGCUGCGGUGUCCGUGAAGCUGCGUCCGGUGAUGGAAGUAGCGGGGAAGGGAAGGCCGUUGAUCCUUUUCAGGGAACGAAACCGGCGCCCUAUAAAUGGCAAGAAAUGACUGGAUCUGAGGCGGCAGCCGGCUCGCUUCGUGUUCCCAGCCUUGCUGAGGUGGCCGGCGGUGUGUUUGCCGUUGCUGAAGCUCAGUGCAGUGAAAGGGACGGAGCCUGCGGCCAUGCUGCGAUUGCAUCAACGCACAUUGAGACGGGCGGUGGUGGCUCAAAGGCGAUCUCGGCGAUGGAUGCAGGCGUUUCUCUCGUAGAACUUGUGGAUGCCGCCAGUGGUACGACCAGGGCACAAGAAAAGAUGCAGCCAACGACAAUUGUGAGCGGCGACAGUAUCUACAUGGCCCUUGGGGACUACGAGAAGGAGACGUCUGGGGGUCGGGCUGCCGAUGCAGAUGGCUGGAGGCUUUUACUGACGAGGGGAACUCUCACUGAGGAUGGUGGGCAGAAGAAAAUCAUGUGGGGUGAUAUCCGUGCAGUGGACCCUGUGGCCAUCGGGCUUACUCAAUUCCUGAAGAGGGUGAUUGGUGGCGGAGGAUCGGGUGUUGUGACGAAGAACGGUUACCUUGUGCUUCCCAUGCAGGCAGUAGAAAAGGAUGGAAGGAGUGUUGUACUGUCCAUGCGUUUCAACAUGCGUAUAGAAGCAUGGGAGCUCUCGUCCGGUACGACAGGUAGUAACUGCAAGGAGCCAUCCAUCGCGAAUUUGGAAGGAAAUCUAAUUUUAAUUACUUCUUGCGCUGCCGGCUACUACGAAGUAUUCAGGUCCAUUGACUCUGGGAUACGUUGGGAAAUGAGUGGUAGGCCAAUUAGUCGCGUGUGGGGCAACUCGUAUGAUCGAAAAGGGUAUGGCGUUCGCUGUGGCCUCACCACCGUAACCAUUGAGGGAAGGGAAGUGCUGCUUGUUACCACGCCGGUGUAUUUGGAGGAGAAAAAAGGUAGGGGUCGGCUUUAUCUUUGGGUGACGGACGGUGCACGUGUGCAUGAUGCUGGGCCGAUAUCCGAUGCAGCUGAUGACGCUGCUGCCAGUUCCCUGUUGUAUAGCAGUGGGGGCGAUCUGAUUUCGCUGUACGAGAAUAAGAGUGAGGGGUCAUACGGUCUUGUUGCUGUGCACGUGACUACGGAGCUGGAGCGGAUAAAGACUGUGGUGAAGAGGUGGCAGGAGUUGGAUGAAGCCCUAAGAACGUGCAGACCCACUGCCACUAUCGACCCGGUGAGAAGGGGCAUGUGUAUUCGUCCCAUUCUUACUGACGGGCUUGUUGGCUAUUUGUCUGGUCUGUCAACUGGGAGUGAGUGGAUGGACGAGUACCUCUGCGUGAACGC